AUGGACGAUCAUCGAGACUACGAUGCGACAUCACAUGAUGAAGCUCCCGUUAGAGAAAAAGUCGUCCAGAGGCGGCGUCGACCUCCCUUGUCAUGCAGCGAAUGCCGUCGGCGCAAGCUAAAGUGUGAUCGCUCACUUCCUUGCGGUCAAUGCAUUCGAUCCAAGACCGCAGAGAGUUGUACAUUUGUCGGAUCGCAGCCUGGAGACCUUCUCAAGACUUCCCGCCGGAUCUCGCCCUCCAACGCCCGUCAUCAGCGGCCACAUGGCCAGGUCGAUCAACAAACAGGCGCUGGCAGUAUGUUUGUCUUUGACUCACGGUUGAAUGCAAAGUCUACUCCAGACCGGGUAUCUAAGAAUAGUCAGAAGGAGGAUCUUCAUGAGCUUCGUCAGCGAUUACGGUCUCUUGAACGUGCCAUGGCCAAGUCGGUCCCUGCUAUUCAAACGCCAGAGACCACGGCUCACGACACGCUCUCCGAAACGACAACCUCUCAGACUGGCCCCGGGGCCAUGUAUCUUGAAGAUCGUAUACGGUUUCUACCCGACUCUAAUUUCCGAGGCAAGAAAGGGAAAACGAGAUACUUUGGUCGCAGUAAUUGGUGUACAACCGCGUCUUUUUUUCAAGAUAUUGGCACCUUCAUGCGGCAGAAACACAAUAACGAGUCCUAUCGAGAUUAUCAUUCUAUGAAAAAGUACAAGCACGAAAUAUGGACCCGGGAGAGCCAAGAGCAUCAGAGAGCUUUCCGAGAACAAGCCUUCGAAAUCGAGGAGAUGGUACCCUCGCGAGCCAUCGCAGAUCAGCUGGUUCAGCUGUAUCUAGACUCGUUCGAGACCACUUAUCGUGUUCUGCACGUACCCAGCUUCUUGAAGCAGUAUGCAGAUUAUUGGGCCAAUCCUCAAAAGCCAGAUAUUGCGUUUGUGGCUCAACUGCUUGCAAUUAUGGCGGCAGGGACUCGCUUCUUGCCGACUUCUUCGUCAAGUGGCCAACCUAACGCAUAUCAACAUUCUGCAUCGAAAUGGAUCAUGGCUAUCCAGUCGUACAUAUCCUGCACAUCCAUCAGUCCACACAUCAACUUCAAAAUGGUUCAAACACAGACUCUCCUUCUUUUGGCCCAACUGGCGAACGCGACGGACUCCGAGCUUGCCUGGAUAUCAUCUGGCGCACUCGUUCGCUCUGCAAUGACGCUGGGGUUGCAUCGGGAUCCAGGUCGAUUUCGUAAGGCCACUGCGCCGUUUUGGUCAGAGCUUCGACGUCGAUUAUGGACUACCAUUGUGGAACUUGAUUUGAAGAUCGCUCUGGAUCGCGGAAUGACCCCAUCGAUAGACCUGGACGAGUGUGACUGCAACUUACCGUCUGAUAUUGACGAUGCGGAUAUCGUAGAGGACAUGAAGCAUGAACCAUCGCCGACCAACUCAACGAGACGAACCCAAAAUAUUUACCAAUGCUUGCUGUCGAAAUCAUUGGAUCUCCGAUGGCGUGUCGUCAAAAAAGUGAACGCUUUGCGUUUCAGCCUAUCAUAUGACGAGGCUCUGCAGAUCAAUGAAGAACUCUCUCGUUUUUUGAAGACUGGCUCCGAUUGUCUCAACGAUCAUGUCCUUUCCAGCGACGCGUCCAGCUCGGUCCGGCAUCAAUUCGCUCAAUCCUUGCACCAAUUCACAAUACAAAAGUUUGUUCUUGCCCUCCAUCGUCCCUUCUCGUUGAGUGUGGCCCGUCUACCCAAAUGCUCCUACUCGCGGAAGAUCUGUCUGGAAACCUCCUUGGAAAUUCUUUCCCAAAUGCAGCUCCCCGCACCUGGCGAGAUCAUUGUGCAUCCUCAUAUCAAGCAGCUGGCAAGUGGAAUGUUCUGCGACGAUGUCUUUCAUGCCGCCAUCACAGUCUGUGUUGAGCUUUCUCUACAAGCCCAGGAGAUGGGUCAAUCUUCUGGCUCCAGGAUUGACAAUAUCAAUCCUAGCGUACUACUCAGCAUGGUCCAAUCUCAACAGAGUGUCAUGUUGCAGGCGAUCGAGCGGACUUUGGACGAUUUCGGCCGCACAAUACUCUGCGGAUCGGGGAGAGGUAGUAAACCAUUCUUCUUUUUCAGCAUGAUUUUGGCGUCGGCGAAGUCUCGAAUCAAAGGAGAGGACCCGAUGACGGAGCUAGAUGCUGUAUCCAAGCGAGCGGUGCAAAUUGGGCGCGGAAUCAUCAGCGGCCUCUCCUAUGAGGAGGCUCUUGCAUGUGCUAUGAGACCGCCCACGCAGUCUCCCGAUCCCCCGAUAGCCCCGUUCGGAACUACACCUAUUUCUGCCUCGCUGUUGGAUUUUGAUUUCCCUUCACUGUUGUCGACAGACUUUGGCGGCGAUUUAGCGACGCUUGAUUUGAACGGAUGGUUUGACGGAGUCGAAUCGGGAGGAUCGGAUGCAUGGAAUGGCGCCAUGUUUGCCGACUUGCCUCAGCUUUAA